AUACAUUAUAUCGACGGUGCUUUUGCUUUUUACGUGCUGAGCUGCCCAAACAGCAAGGACAAGAUGAGCAGGAAGAGUAGCAUACCUUUAAUAGCAAACCCUACGCGGCGUAAAUCAAGCUUCCGCUAUUAUAUGUCUGGGAGUCAAGGAAGCCAGGACAAUGAAAUGCCAUCAGUUUCAAGACCUGCGAAUUCGGCAAAUUCCUCAUAUUUCUCACAGCCACAAAGUCAGAACAGCCGCCAAACUUUGAUGCCUAAUGAUUUUAUGGCGGGUCCAUCCUCUUCAAGAGCUGGUCGUUAUGGCUCGAAUGCUGCUCCUACAAGGAAGAGGAGGUCAUCCUCACAGGAACCUCCAGCCUUGGACAAGAGAAGGACUUUUGAUAUGGCAGUCUUUGAUCAGCACAACGCCGCAGGCCUCCUUCUAACCCCAGUGAGACCAAAUCCUAGCAAAAGCCCUGGAUUCAGUGGCCUCGCCUCAACCAACAGGGGAAGUGCCUCAAGCAGGCGCCACAGUUCCAAACUGCAUGUCAUUCCCAUCAAUGGCCAGAAAACCAAAGAUCCCAGGCCAAUCAACGACAAAAAUUUCCAAAGCAACGCUAUCUCCAAGAUCCAGAACUUUUUGCGACGCUGCUCCCCUUCCAUGGCAAACAUCAAACUUAAGCCGCUAAGCAAUUCCACCCUGGUGCAAGUAUUUAACGCCAUUUACAGAGAACUGGACCCCAGCACGAACGUCACUAACAGUGACUACGCUGACAAGAUCAGCAACAUUAUCAAGAAUCUGGGCUAUCCGUCUAACAUCAGCAAGUCUAGUUUCAUAGCAGUUGGUUCUGGUCAUGGUGGAGUUCAAAUUUUGGCCAUGCUCUCCUGGCUUGUUGAUUGCGUUGAGAUCCUGACUACUGUGGACUUUGAGAAAAGUUGCUUCCUCACAGACACCACAGAUAACAAGAUGCACAAAGGGGCCAGCCUCACCAUUCUGGGCAUGUAUUCGAAUGCUAAGGCUGGGGAACCUGAAUUGGAACAGGAAGAAGUGGACAGGAUGUUCUUCGAGGCGAUUGGUGACGACACUCCUGAUGUGCAUACAGAGAUGGCAAACCAGAUUGAAUCUGUGAAACAGGAAAUAGAUGUCAUGGAAAAGGACCCACGCAAAAUUGAGGAGGAUGAAAAAGUCCAGCAACUGGACAUCAUUGAAAAGAGAAUCCACGAAAUCAGACAGACCAUUGAAGAGUACAAGGUUUCCUCGGGGACUUUAAAGGCGAAAAUCAACACUGAGAAGGAGUCCAUCAAGUCUCUUGAGAACGACAACAAACGUUACAAGGACAUGUGUUCCGAACUCAGUGACCGGAUUGAAAACCAGAUAUUGAAGGCCACAGAAAGAGACAGCAUCAUCGCUCAGUGCAAGCAGUACACUGAGCAGAUAAAAAGUCAGAAUGAGCAUUUGGAAAUCGUGCACCGUCUGAUUGGAAACGCAGACCUGAAGAUCUCAAAGCUGCAAUUAGAAACUCGCUCCCUGAUUCACGAAAUCAACAAAAUUGUGCUGGAGCACCAGUUGCAAGAAAAGUACAAAUGGAGUCACGCUCCGACACACAACAACGCCAAGGAGAACAUGCUGGAGACCAAAGCCAUGUGGCUCAAGGGCAUUGAAUCCAUGGAGCAUGUAAAUGACAGAGAUUCCCAGUGCCUUGCUAAACUGGUGAAGGAUAUCGAAGAGUUGAAUGAGGCAAAGACGACUCUAAACGAUGAGCUGCAGAAACUGAAAAAGGAAUGCGAUCAAUUAGACAGCAUGAUUACUGAGCGGCAAGGCCAAUCUCAAAUGAAUGAGCAAGAGCUGAAGGCCAAGAUUGAACUCACUCAAGAAAGAUGUUGCAAAGUGAAGAAGGAAUUGGAGGCAAUGCCCAAAUUAGCGGAGGUCCAGGAAAUGAUUGACAAAAUCAACAAGGACACUCUGCAGGCAAAGGAAGAUUUGAGACUCAGAAAGGAGUUUUUGGAGGGCUACUUCUUCCCCAAAUUCCUUCAAAGGCAAGCUGAAUUUGCAGAGGAGUUGACUCGAAGAGUGACCGAGCCAUUCAAGAACAUAGGUGUGAAAAAGGCUGAAAAGAAGUAAGCCAGUGUCCUCCAAACUUUGUACAUAAUGUUCCUCCGAUAUUCUUUAAUAUUAUUCAGUCCAAUAAUUUCAAUUUUAGACUGGAAUUUAAAAUAACCAUGUAGCAUGCAACAAAAUAAAUUCAAACUUUUAAUAUGCCAGAUUUGUUAGAAAAUAAGUUUAUUAUUUAUAAUAUUGUUCAUGCCGCAACAAACUGGCGCAAGACCUUUUACCAACAGUAAAAUUUACCAGUGUCCGACAAAUUCAAACAAUAUAUUUUUAAAGGUUGAUUUAUUCAAAAAUGCUAUUCAAAAUUCUAAGAUCUGGAAAAUAUUGGGGUGAAAGAUUUCUAGGCGGGUACAGUUCAGAAUUCUCAGGAAGUGUGGAGGAAAUGUCUUUGAUAAAAGCGUCUCCUUCCAUGAUAGAGCGCAUCAUGAAUGGAUCAUUCUGGAAAAAAAUUUUAAAAUAUUUUUGUAAGAGAAGCAACUUUUAAUUUACAUCAUGCCAGCAUUGAGCGCAUUACUGCAACUGCAUUGGCUGCAGCUGCAGCAGAGCCGCGUUAAAUCGAAAUUGAUUGCAGCGCCGAGCACCUAUUAGUUUCGCAGCCAACAACGCAUGCAUCAACGUUAUAUUAUUUAACUUAGUUAAUUUAUUAGACACCAAACGACGAAACGACUUCGAUUGUUACGUUUUUUUAUAACAUGAUGCUUGAGGUUUUUUGACACAGUCGAGAUAAUGCUAUGUAUAAUAGUUAAGCAAUACAUUAACAAUUUUCAGUAACUAAAGAUGAAAACAAUAAUGAGAACAGAUGCGUGGAAAUUAUACUCAAAUUAUAGCCGUGAAUUGUAUUAAAUAAUAUAGUCCAAUCAAAUUUAGACAUGGCAGGGGUUCCAAAAAAUUUGGGGUCAAAAUAUAUUAUUGUCGUUUAAUAAUACUAUGAAAUAAUAUUGUUCAAUAAUUUCAUAUUAUUUUUCAUUCGUAUAAUAAUCUUUUAAAACUUUAUUUAAUAAUGUUAUUGUUUUAUGAUUUAUUAGUUUAUGUAGAGAUGCGUUUACUGCUGAAUAAAUAAUCAUUUUAAAUAA